AUGCCGCCUCCAGCUCCCAAACGUAUUUACGGCCCCGCCCCUCCACCCGCCGACCUCUCCGAACGUCCAACCACCGAUCCCAAUGCCGCCUCAGACUCCGACUCCGAUUCAGACGACGGCUACGGCCCCGCCCUCCCCGGAUCUCGACCAGGUGCUACCUCCUCGGCUCGUGGGCCCUUCUUCCCUUCCUUCGCCCAGCAACAAGCCGCGGAAGAAUCACAAGCCCCCAAGCGCGACGACUGGAUGAUCGCGCCGCCCACCGACAGCGCCUACCGCGCCCCUGACCCGACGAAGCUCAAGUCUCGCAAGUUCGCUAGCGGCCGCUCUGCCGCUACAGAAAAAUCCGGGGGAGUAAGUAGCAUAUGGACGGAGACGCCCGAAGAGAAAAUCAAGCGGUUGGCGGCGGCGGUUCUUGGUCGGGAAGAUCCAUCCGCCUCGCACGCCACCGCAUCUGCCUCUGCCUCGUCAAAGACUAGUAGUAGUAGUAGAUCCAAGAACCUAGACGAAGCAAGAGUCCGUUCCUACACGGAACAAACCCGCGGAAGGAGUCUAGUGGAGGAGCACCAGGCUGCCAUUGCGGCGGGGAAGAAGAAACUGACUUCGGAGAACUCAACUACGAAGCCCGGAAGGGGGGGUAUUAAGUAUGGGAAGCAGGAUGGGGUGGAUGAUGAAGAUGACCCGAGUAAGCGGGCAUUUGAUCGGGAGAAGGAUAUGGCGGUUGGAGGACGGAUUAGCCAUACGCAGAGGAAGGACCUGUUGAAUCGGGCGGCGAAUUUUGGGGAUCGGUUUCAGUCGGGGAAGUUUCUAUGA